CUUUGCGUAACAGUAAAACAUUUUUUCAACACUUAUCAUGAAUUUCACCCCACUAAUUUCAGUCUUACGCUUCCUCUCAAACCUGUUUCUUUCUCCAUACCUCUAUUCUAUCUCUGAUAAUGAAGAAAAAACAUGUGGCAUCUCAGUCUCGGCUCAGUUGGUCCUCAAAAGUUGUUCAUUCUAUGACUUUCGAUAUUAGUGAAAGAGACCAAACUCGGUCUCCAUUAGUAAAUGACACAAUCCCUGGAAAAGAAGCUAUCACUGAAAAGGAAAUAGCAGUUACAGAGGACAAAGCAACUCAAACUUCAUUCAAAAGAAUGAGUGCAGCAGCAGUGAGUCAAGAUGAGGAAAAGCGCAAUGAGAAUGUAGGAGAGAACGUUGUAGAUGUAGAUCCAGAAGAUCUGGUGAAUGAGAACAAUGAACAGGAAGAGGACAACAAAAAAGAGGGAUUGCUUGAGAAAGAUAUAGAGGAAACAGAUGUGGCUCAAGGAGGACAAGAGGAAGAUAUAGUAGUGGCUGAACAUGCACAGGAAGAACCGAAGACUAAUGGAGAUGCAGAAGAGAUGACAGAUAAGCCUCUUGAAGAAGAUCAGCUGGAAAAUGAAACAACUGAAAAUGAAAAGACAGAUGCAGAAGAAAGUAGGACUUACACAGAGCCAGGGAUGUCAAAAGAACAUCUGGAGGAUGACCAACAAGACAGAGAUAAGGAGCAAGAUCCUGAAGAAAAACAUUUUGAGUCUUUAAAAUCUGAAGGUGAUCCAAGCCAAAAUUUGAAAACAUCUGCAGGGUCUAAAGAGCUUGAAGAAGACGAAAUGGCACUCAGCACAGUUGAUGUCAAAGUGGUGCCUGAAGAACCAUCAAUGGAGGAGACCAUGUCCUUCAUCCCUGAGGAAGACGUGGACCCGGUUUUAAGUGAGAACGUAAAAUGUUCCCCCACAAAGGAGCUAAAGGCAGGUGUUAUAAAAAGUGAUGUCUUGAACAUUCUUGGACCGGUAGAAUCAGAGGUCACCACCUUUCGUGACAAAGAACAAAGCAAAGUGAAAGCUCGAAAGGUACUUAACGCAUAGGAGCUCCCACUGAAGUGCUAGCAUAAAGCUUACAGUUCUCCACCCAAUAGCUUUGUUGGCUUUGAGCUUGUGACUUCGCCUUUCCAGACCCAGAGCGUCUGCUCUUGUCCUAUAGCAAUGGUGUCUUUGUGUUGCAUCCUCUCCAUCCUGUAUCUAAAAUGUAUUCGUGCUCUGGGUGUUAUUUAGCUGCAUGUUGUCUACGGCAUCAACAUCUCUUU